CGCUGGUCGCUCCGACUGCUGCCGCCGCCACCGCCGACCGCUGCCGCUGGGACCUGCACGAAAAUCAGCGCCGUAUAGCGUGCUAGUACAGUCCCUGAUCGACCUACGGACCGGAACAUUUAUAUACACACAUUCACAUACACACAACACCAUGAAGUCGAAGCUCACUUUUUUCCUUCUGGCGCUCGGCCUCUUUGCUGCUGGCGCAGCGGCUGACGCACUGCUGGACGGUGCGCCACAGUGCCCCGAGCCCUGGGGUGUCCAGGCCUACCCGCACCCGACCGACUGCAACUCCUUCUUCCUCUGCACCAACGGCACUCUGAGCUACGAGCGAUGCGAGAACGGCCUGCUCUUCGACGGCAAGGGCGCCGUGCACAAUCACUGCAACUACCACUGGGCCGUCGAUUGCGGCAACAAGCAGGUCGACAUCGUGCCGUUGAGCAGCCCCGGCUGCGAGUACCAGUUCGGCAUCUAUCCCGACAGCGAUCAUUGCAGCACGGGAUACAUCAAGUGCGCCUACGGUGAGCCCCACCAAGCUCAGUGCGACGCCGGCCUCGUCUACGACGCCAAGAGCCACACCUGCGUCUGGCCCGAUCAGCUCAUACCCUUCUGCAAUCCCGAGGAGGUCAUAGGCUUCAGAUGCCCGAGCAGCCCACCGCACGGUGCCGCCGCGCGCUUCUGGCCCUUCCCAAGGUUCCCCGUGCCGGGCGAUUGUGGACGCCUCAUCACUUGCGUCGAGGGUCAUCCGAGACUCAUCACUUGCGGCGAGGACAAACUCUUCGACUCCGAGACUCUCAGCUGCCUUGACCGUGACGAGCUGCCUCAUUGCGCUUAAAAUCGAUCCGUCCAGGAUUCCAGUCAGAAAAUAAACGAAGCCAC